GAGGAAGAGAGAGAGAGAGAGAACGCACGUGUAAGAUUAAAAGUGGGUCGCUGACAUUGGCAGUUGCGCAGUUCCAUUGAACAGAGAGACCCGGGCUUCUCUACUGUCCCUGGACGUGACACACAGCUGGAUUAUGAGGAAAUGAUCCUGUGCAGAAUCUCCACCUUUCGCUGUAAUUUAGACUAACGGCUGAUGGUGAAAAUGAGAAAAGUGAACUGAGCUGAACUACCAAGCAGAGAAAAUAAAGAAUGAGCGUCUAAAACCAGUGAUGGGGCCUCUACGGUUUUCUGUCUACGUGCUCCUCCUUGCUCAGCUCCACCCCAGUCACUCCCACCAGAGCCUGAGAUGUCUGAAUGACUACAUAAACAACAUUACCUGCGUCUGGGAGAGCGGAGGAGUCCCGCCAGCCGCAGUCUGCACUCUCCAUGGCGUUUCCGUAGGUUUGUGGGAAACCACAUAUUCAAAAUGUGAACUGAAGCCCUUGAAUAAGCAGGAUCCAUCACUACGAGGGUGCCACCUUGUUUUUGAGACAAAGCAAUUCCAUGGAAAGACUAAAAUUCCCAUACAUGUCAACUGUGAGAACGUGACGGAUCCUGUGGCUCAGAUACAGCACUAUGAACCACGCCUACACAUAAAAAUGAAUCCGCCUGGCAAACCGAACAUCACCAAUUACACCAUCUCCUGGAGUCCUGGCCAUCCUUUCUCAGAUAUUCUGCCCGACUACGCUUUCCAGCUGCAGUUCAAGCAGAAAGACCAGCGCUGGGAGGAUGUAGAUCCCGUCACCAUAUUGGACAAAAGGACGCAGGAGCAGCUCAGCGAAGAAGCCCUGGAGAAAGGGAAGAGCUAUCAGGUCAGGGUUCGAGUGGGCGUGCCCCCCCAGGAUGAAGGCUACAAAGGAGAAUGGAGCCACUGGGGCCCCAUCACUUCCUGGAGGUCAGAGGUCGGGAGGGAACUAACCAGAGAAGUGACCAGGCCACCAGCAGACACAAUGAAAGAGAAAGAGAGGAUGCUUAUCGGUUGUGGCGCUGUGCUGUUGGUGUUUCUGGUGGCCAUCAGCAUCACAUUACCCAUCAGACUCUGGGUCAACAAGGCGAACUGCAAACCGGUCCCCAAUCCCUCUAAGUAUUUUGAAGUCCUCAAUUCAAUUCAUGGCGGAAAUUUCCAGAAGUGGCUGAGUCCUGUGUUCUCUGCCCAAUCCUUUGAUGUCCUCCAGUAUUCUGACGACAUCUCCCACGUGGAGGUCUUCAGCGCAAAGGACACCAGCGCCCUCUUCAGGAAAGAGAGCGCCCCUGCAUCCCAGCCGCAGGGCGUCAGUGGGCAGUCCCCUAGCUUCUCCAACCUCAGCUACUUCUGCUCCAGUUACCCUUACAAGGUAGAAAUGCACCCUGUGUGCUCUGGUGACCAGCCAGCAGAGGGCGCUGCUGAAGAGGAGGGGAAGGAUAGGCCAGGGGUGACCAGCGCCGGCUCAAUCCAAAUGGGCUCUUCCUACGAGAGCCUGCAGACACUCAUCGACAGACGAGGGGAGCCCAUACACCCGGAUUCGGGCAUCGGAGUGGGAUCUGAGGACCAGGAGGACACCGAGGACGAAGGGGAGGUCGUGCGGAAAGGGACGGCUAUCUGCUCCGACCCUACGGCCUUCCUCCCGUUUCUCUGCCCUUUUGGAAAGUCCCCUUUCCACGACCCCUUCCCCCAGCACCCGUCUGCUUUCCCCCAUUUUCCCUUCCCAUUGCCUAACAAGGGAGCGGGACGAUUAGUGCAGCCCUGUAGUGAUGAAUACAUGCCUGUGAAGGAGAUCUGUAGCAGCUCAGCAGGCAAGUGUUCUGAGGAAAACACGUCAAAAUGAACUCGUGAUGCGUUCUGUUCCCCGAUUCUGGGAGUUUCAAAGUGACCACAGUCCUAUCUGGCAGCUAUGAGUGAAAGCGUUUCUCUGUAGAAUUAAUAUGCUUAAUAUUGUCUUCUGAUUGCCUUUUGAGAGGGCACUGCUGCGUAGCACAUUCAAAACAUCACAUUUAGAUUUUUGCCCAUGGCUCUUAAUUCAAAAUGUUUUACGGCAGGAAAUUUGACUGAUGUGUGUACCUGUGAACAGCCUUGCAUAACUUUAAGAUGCAAAGUAAUGCAGUAAGUUUAGCUCUGAUCAUUCUAUGCAACUCCCUCUUUUGACAUUCAUUAAUGACCAUACUAAUUACUUUCUCUCUUUUUUUUUUGGGCCCA